UUUACUAUUCGUUAUAAGCUCAAUUAUGUAAUAGUAGAUACUUUUGCUGAGUAAAUUCUCAAAGCGAAGAUAUUGAAGUUUAUUGUAAAAGUACUGCUUUAAAUUCUUCUAAAUAAUUAUAUUCACAUUUGGUAUAUGUAACCCUAUGAUUUAAGGGCCAAGUUGUAAAAAUGAUGUACAAAUAUAAAAGUGCAAUUUGCAUUUUUGGCAAAUUUAUGCAGAAUAAUCUGCCUUGUAUGUUGAGUCCUAUUGACUAUCCAUACAAUAAUACUCAACAAAUUAGAAACAUAAGGAAACAUUGGAAUCCAAAGUUUCGUAAAGAAAGAAGAGAAAAAUUUAUUAAAGUAGAGCUUCCAAAGAUACAUGAGAGGGAUGACGUGAUAUCAAAAGAAGAAAUACGAUCAGAAUUAAAAAGGUGUGGUCUAUUACCUCAAAGGACAUGGCGCGAGAGACCAAUAUAUUUUGGUUGUACAAAUAAUAUAUUUGAACCAUAUGUUGUACCAGAGGGAGAUGGAAGAUUUUCUACUAUUACUAAGGAGGGAGCAAAACAAAAACUUGAGUUAGUUGAGAAAAAAGGCAAAUCCUAUAGGGCUAUUAGAAAAAUAAUUUCAUACGAUGAGAAUUUUUCUAAGAGUACAUUUCCAGAGGAGGCAUUAAAGAUUUAUAAGGAAGCACACACUGCUUUAGCAGCUAAAGACCAGGACAAAUUGUUACAAUAUGUUACAGAAGCUGCAUAUCCUAAAAUGAUCCAUAAUAUAGAAGAUAAAACAAUUAUUUGGAAAUUCUUAGAAUCAUUAGAACCAGCACGUAUUGUAUACGCAAGGUGCACAGAUGUAAUAAAAAAGCAUAAUAUUUAUGCGCAAGUUACUGUCCGAUUUCACACACAACAGAUUUUAUGUAUUUACGAUAGAUUUGGACGUCUGUUGAAGGGCAGUGAAAUACUAAGAAAAGAUGUUCUUGAUUACAUAGUGUUCGAGAAGCAUUUAUCUAAUCAAUAUGGUACUUGGCGGUUACAUGGAAAAAUUAUACCUAGUUGGUUACCACCUGAAGAAAUAGCAACAAAAACGUAUACAUUACCAAAGACUGACAAUGCCGUUGUAGCAUCUGAACAACCUGAAGAGUCAAUUGUUGUAACACCCGACAGCAAAACCGAAAUGAAAAGUGACACGACUUCAUAAUUAGCAUAAUCUUUAUAUUAAUAUUCUGAAUAAAGUGCGAAGAGAAUUGUACAUUAAGUAAUGAGCUUUUUGUUUGCAAUAAAAUAUUACACUUUCGAAUACAAGGAAUAUUAAUGAUAACAAUCCACAGAAAAAUAUAUACACAGCUAGGU